AUGUCGAAGCCACGGGCAACGCCGGCACCAAAUGCGCGAUACCGAGUGCAAGCCCCAGAGGCACCAGUACCAAAGUCUCGGGGGCCCCCCUACAAAGAAUCAGCACCGGCAGCACCAUCAGGCCCAUCCCUGUCCAAACGAAAACGCCUUCCACUCUCAACUCUCCUGACAACCCUCCGCCAACGCUUCAGCGCACUCCCCUCACCCAUCCGACGAGCAGGCCGCACUCUCCGCUGGCUAGCCCCAGUCAUCCCAAUCGCUCUCUACUUCCCCGAACACGUCAUGCAAGUGAUGUGGGUGCGCGGCCCAUCAAUGACACCCUACCUAAACGAAGACUACGAGCAAUCCCAAACAAAAAGCGAUAUAGUACUGGUCAGCAUGUGGCCAUGGGGAUCUAUAAUUCCAUUCCUAAAACCACCGAGGCUUGAGCGUGGAAUGGUCGUUACUUUCCGCUCCCCUGCAAACUCCUCCCAUAUUGCCAUCAAGCGCAUCGUCGGAUUACCCGGUGAUCGUGUAACGACGCGAGAGCCAUGCAUGCGGCCGACGCAAAUCGUGCCCUGGAAUCAUGUUUGGUUGGAGGGCGAUGCACAGGAUCCUCGGAAGACAAUGGAUAGCAAUACGUAUGGGCCGGUUAGUCUCAGUCUGGUUACUGGGCGGGUGUGGGCGGUUUUGGGCCCGCGGAUGCGUUGGUUAGAUUGGAGGGAUUGGGAAACUGACAACGAUGAUGCUGUCAGUAUACAUCGGAAGAGUGUAAGAGAUCGUGUGGUUAAGGAUGCUGUCAAGCUCGAACAGCCAUUUUUGAACUGA